AUGGUGCUGCUGGCGGGGCUCCGUGGCUUGCUAACGUCAAGACCUGAUAAUUUCAUGGUUUAUUUGUAUAAUCAAGGAUCUAUGAAUUCUUAUUCUUCAGAUAUUCGGACUCAAUGCUACUACCAAGGAUAUAUUGAAGGAUAUCUGAAUUCUGUUGUCGCACUUAGCACAUGCUCUGGACUGAGAGGAAUUUUGCAAUUUGAAAAUGUUUCUUAUGGAAUUGAGCCUCUGGAAUCUGCAGUUGAAUUUCAGCACCUUCUUUAUAAAUUACGGAAUGAAAAUGAAUUUCCAUUUCUUACUGAAAAUAACCAAGACACAGAACAAAACCCAAUGGACUAUACUGUUUUUAUAAAUGAAAAACCAGAAUCAACUGUUUCAGAUUUAAUUCCUCUUUAUUUAGAAAUGCAUAUCGUGGUGGACAAAGUUUUGUAUGAUUUCCUGGGCUCUGAUAGCAUGAUAGUAACAAACAAAGUCAUCGAAAUUAUUGGCCUUGUAAAUUCGAUGUUUGCCCAAUUUAAAAUUACUGUUGUGCUGUCAUCUUUGGAGUUGUGGUCAGAUAAAAAUAAGAUCGCUACAGUUGGUGAGGCAGAUGAAUUAUUGCAUAGAUUUUUAGAAUGGAAAAAGUCCUAUCUUACCCUAAGACCUCAUGAUAUUGCGUAUCUAUUCAUCUAUCGAGAUUAUCCAGAUUAUGUGGGAGCAACGUUUCCUGGAAAAAUGUGUGUUACCCAUUAUUCUUCAGGAAUUGCUUUGUAUCCCAAGGAGAUAACUUUGGAGGCGUUUUCAACUAUUGUCACCCAGAUGCUGGGACUCAGUCUGGGGAUCUCAUAUGAUGACCCAAAGAAAUGUCAAUGCUCAGCGGCCACCUGCAUAAUGAAUCCAAAAGCUAUGCAAUCCAGUGGUGUGAAGACUUUUAGCAGUUGCAGUUUGAGUGACUUUAAAAAUUUCAUUUCAAAUAUGGGUGCCCGGUGUCUUCAGAAUAAGCCACAAAUGCAAAAGACUCUGGUAUCAAUCUGUGGCAACGGCAGAGUGGAGGGAAAUGAAGUCUGUGACUGUGGUACUGAGGAACAAUGUGGAACUGAUAGCUGUUGUAAUCCUCGAACUUGUAUGUUGCAACCAGGUGCAAAUUGUGAUACAGGAUCAUGCUGCAACAACUGUCAAUUUAAGGCAGCAGGUGCUGAAUGCAGGCCCGUUGGGCAUCCUGAAUGUGAUAUUUCUGAGGCUUGUAAUGGAAGCUCAGCAAUCUGUCCAACUGAUAUAACCAUACACAAUGGACACAAGUGUAAAGAUGGAAAAGCUUUUUGUUUUGAUGGAGGCUGCCAUGAUCUUGAUGCACGUUGUGAGAGCAUAUUUGGAAAAGGUUCAAAAAAUGCUCCAUUUGCCUGCUAUGAAGAAAUACACUCUCAAAAUGAUAGGUUUGGGAACUGUGGUAAACAAGGAAAGAGUUACAAAUUCUGUCCAUGGAGGAAUCUUAUAUGUGGAAGAUUAAUUUGUACCUACCCUUCUCAAACUCCUUUCCUUCAAGAAGAUGCUUCUGUGAUUUAUGCUUUUGUACGAGAUGUUGUAUGUAUAACUCUGCACCACAGAUCAAAAAAUGAAGAUCCAAUGGAGAUAAAAAGUGGCUCUAUUUGUGAUGAUGGGAGGAUUUGUGUAAAUCGUGAAUGUGUAGAAUCAAGGAUACUUGCAACUCAAUCACAUACUUGUUCACAAAAGUGCAAUGGACACGGAGUGUGCACUUCAACCUUGGAGUGCCAUUGUUCUAGUGGCUUCAGACCUCCAGAUUGCCAAAGGAGUGCCCGGGACUCUUCUAAUUCACCUGGGGAACAGGGUUUAAUUAUGGAAAAAACCUUUGUGAAGGCUCGGAAGAAACAGUGGCUUCUGGGUAUCUACCUGGCUUUACCUGUUCUCACCGUAGCAACCAUAACAGCUAUUUCAUGGAAGCGUUUGAAGAAGCGGCUCACCAAGCAACAGGAAUCCCAAAGUAGCGAAUCAGAAAGCAGCACUCACAGAACUGACAGCAGAUCCAGAUCAGAAAGUAGCAGCGGAACAGACACUGUCAGAUCCAAGUCAGAAAGCAGUGCCCAAACAAACACUACUAGCAGUAACUAAUACUUCCUUCAGAAGGCAACAGACGUUACCAACGGUCUCAGUGAGAAACGAAAAUUCUGCCUUUCCUCCCCUGGGCACAGCCAAAGGAGACAAUAAACCGAGUGUGGACCCAUUUGCAGGAGUGUCUGUUUCUCUUUCGGCCUGUAGGCACCAGUGCUGGGACCCCUCAAGCCACGCAACUAACUGGGGUAGGGCGAACACAGCCUUAAGACCUCUCUGGCCCACAGCUGCCCCUGGAUGUGACCCUUCCCACCAGAGAGCCCAGGACCCAGCCCCACUCACAAGCAUGGAGGAAUCAGCCACAGAAAUCCCUGGGCCCUGGCCUGCAGGGAGCCUGUUCUAGCCUCUGCACCAGUCUUAACCACCAGCAGGGAGUAACCAAAUGCAUGAAAAACCACAAUCCCAAAAUCUGGGGACCCAGCCUGACCAUAGUAGGAUAGGUCUUGCCCUGGGACAACCUGGGCCCCAACCCUGCCCACCAGCAGGCCAACACAAGCUUCAGGACACCCCAGACCCUAUACCAAACUGUGUCAGGAAUUACAGCCCCUUCCCCCAAACCCAGCAAUCCGAUUCCAGCUCUGGGAUCCCUGGGCCCUGCAAUCGGACCCUAGGACCCGGCUUGCUCGCCAGUAG